AUGGUCUAUUUUGAUUUACUAUGGGGAAUUAGGAGCGGUAAUAAUAAUACAAAUAUAACUACUACAAGUAGUAAUGAUGAAAUAAAAUUAAAAAACUUGAAAAAAAUUGAAUGUAAUAAUAAUGGUGAAUUAAAAGAUAGAGAUGAAUUAAAUAUAAGUAGAAUUCUUGCUACUCAAACAAGUUUAAAUUUUGAAGUACAACAAAAUGAAAGAAAUAGAUUAUCAAGUGUUAUCCAAACACAAAUUCCAUGGGUUGAACAGACUGGUAUAAGUAAAAUACUUUCAAAAUUUUGUUGUACCAAAAGUUAUCGCCAACAGCAGAUACAACAAAGGCAGAUGGCUAAAAGAAUAUUUAGUACGCAAUUUCCUCCAAUGAAAUAUAAUUGA